AUGAAAAAUGCAAGAAAGUUCAAUUGGACUGAUUAUUUUGAGGAGAAAGAUAAAGUCACACAAACAAAUGAUGUCACAGCAUUAUAUAAUACUACAGGCUCUAAGAGUUAUUACGUUUAUUUUUGCAUUUUUGACGAAUGCAAAUCAAAGAGUGCCAUUUAUAUCAAAAGAGAUAAUGAAAUUUGCACAUUACUUGAAGACAAUAAAUUUACUAGAUGCAAAUCCACUUCAGAAGGUGGAUCCGUUUACUAUGACUGCCAUCAGUCAGGACAGUUUGUUCAACAACGAAAUUCAUAUUCUGAGUCAAUAGCAAGUGAUUACAUGUCAUUUUAUCAAUGGGUUAAAUAUUCUCCUGAUUAUAAAAACUACGCUUUUCAAAUUUCAGUUUCAAAAUGCGGAGAAAGUGAAUCAGAAGGAUGGUAUGCAUUUGAUAUUGCAUGGGGUGAUCUACGUUUUGAGAAUAACAACAUCACUUACAACAAAUGCACUGCAGGUUCAUCAAUACAUAGUAUCCUUGAUGGAAAAUCAAGUACAUGUAAUUUCUCAACAUUCAAAGAAAACAACCAAGGUGGAAGUCCAUCUCUUGAAUUUUGGAGUAAUAAUGAUUCAUAUAUACAAACAGUUUCUUAUUGCAAUGUUAUUGGAAAUAAAUGCGGUACAGACAAUGACCAAGUUCUAUUUCGUUGUAAUUAUAAUACUAAUGUCGAUCAUUGCGUAUUUUUAAAUAACACUCCAGUAUAUAUGUUUGAUAUUUCUUAUAAAGGUUACACAUUGACUAUUACUGAUUCAUGUAUUGAAUCAAAUUCAAUAAGUACAGGAGGAACUGUUACAUUUGAAAGAGA